AAAGAGCACUUCCUUGCCUUCUGCAAGAAGUUUCGCAGUAAACCGCCCUCUGAAAAAAGGGACUUUGUCGUUCAGCACAAACUGUGCAUAAAUUGCUUCGGCAAACACGCCGUUGCUGAUUGCUCGUCAAAGCGGAAUUGCGCCGCUUGUCAAGAGCGUCACCACAGCAGUAUCCACGAUGUGUGCGCUAAAACUGCCACGACAAUCGCCGGAGCCCCCACUUCUCUCUACGCAGGACAGACCAAGGGCCCGUCGUCUGGAGUAUUGCUCGCCACAGCACAAGUGUUCGUGGAUAAUCGAUACAAUCAACGCAUCAUGACACGCGCAUUGAUUGACCCGGGAUCGGAGGUUUCGCUCGUAACCGAGGCUUUGGUGCAGCGUCUCCGACUUCCACGCAAGCCAACGUCUACGAUCAUUGUCGGAGUAGGCGGAAAACAGACAGGGAUUGCUCGCGGGCGCGUGUCAAUCACUUUGUCUUCACGAUUCGCAGACUUCACGACGACGAUUUCAGCCCUGGUUCUCCCGAGGAUUACACGGUACGAGGCACGCGCAGAAACCUCGCGCUCUCGAUGGGAGCACUUGGAGGGCCUUCCACUCGCAAACCCGGAUGGCCAAGCAGACGGAGCCAUUGCCCUGCUCCUCGGCGCGGACGUCUACGUCUCCAUCAUCGACGAAGGAAUUCGGAAGGGAGGUGCAGGAGCUCCAAUCGCACAAAAAACGUCGCUGGGGUGGCUAGUGUCAGGCGCAAUUGCCUCCCCACAGGGCAAUUCAGUCAAAUCCUUGCAGUGCUUGGUCGACGAGGAAUUGUCCAGCAUGGUUCGGAAAUUUUGGGAGCAAGAGGAGACGGUGCACUCCCCUCUGCCUCUCACCGACGAAGAACAGGCGUGUGAGGACCACUACGUCCGCACGCACUCACGACUGCCCGACGGGCGCUACAUGGUGCGCCUCCCCUUCAAGAACGCACCGCCAAAUCUGUCAGGGACACGACGCAUUGCCAUGCGCAUGCUGCAAAGCAUGGAGCGCAAGACGGACAACGAUCCGGACUUGCAUAAGCUAUACUCUGAAUUCAUGCAAGAAUACGAGGACCUUGGACAUAUGGCUCGGGUGCUGCCUGCUGCCGACAAGCUCGACAAGACGCAGCGAUGCUACCUGCCACACCACGGGGUACUCAAGAAGACGAACGACACCGUCAAGAUACGUGUUGUGUUCAACGGAUCGGCACGACUAGGCUCCGGUGACUCACUCAGCUCGCACCUUCUCACCGGGCCAAAUCUAUUGCCGGCACUAACGGACGUGCUGCUGAGAUGGAGACGACAUCGCUACGUAAUAAUAGCUGAUAUCCAAAAAAUGUAUCGCCAGAUCUCAAUGCACCCUAGCGAUCAAACAUAUCAACGGAUACUCUGGCGACUGAAAAACUCACCCGAGCUGCUAGAGAUGCUACUUACGACAGUCACCUACGGACUAGCGAGCUCGCCAUUUCAAGCAAUCCGAACGAUGCGACAACUCGCCAAGGACGAGCGACAUGCCUACCCUCGGGCAGCGUCCAUUCUGGAGGAGGAGACAUACGUCGACGACGUACUCUCCGGAGCGGACACCGAAGACGACGCAAGGGAACUCGUCCACAAACUAACGUCACUAUGCAUGGCGGGCGGCUUUCCGCUACAAAAGUGGGCGGCGAACAAAGCCGUGAUACUCAAGGACGUGCCAACAGAGCACAGGCAAGUGAAGGAUUUCGACCUCUGUGAUCAGAACGCCAGUCACGCCACGCUAGGCGUGCAAUGGCACCCACAGGAUGACACCUUCGGCUUCAAGGUCCG